AUGUCAGAAGAACCACUGAGUCUGCGAGGGCUCUUCUUCAAAGCCGAGAAGGCCCGCGAAGAACUUUCAUCUUCUUACGAGCCAAACAGUCCCACCUUCCAGGAAAAGCUCGGCACGACCAUUGCCACUUAUGAAGAAUGUCUCAAGAUCGCAGAACAAGUGUCGCUGUUCAGCCCAAACGAGUCUCUUGAAGACAUAUCGUCAACCGAUUUACAAUACCUAGCGAUAAACUACCAUCUAGCCGAACUCGUGCAGAAAAUUUCAAACACCGAUGUCUCGCUCAGAAAGUCAAACCUUCUACGUGCUCGGGGUUACUAUGAGCGGUUUCUGAAGUUGCUAGAUUCCUACGAUAUGCUUGGCAAAGCGGAUACGAAACUUCUCGAAGCCUACAAUGAAGACAAAAAUAAUUUCUCUACUGCCAACACGCGGGAUGCAGCAGCAAGACGAGACGUGAAAAUUGCCCGGUUUAAAGAGGAGAAGGAGCUCAAGAGGAAACUUGAGGGAAUGUGUGAGAGGCUAACUGCGCGACUACAGUAUCUACGACAAAAUCCCAAACUGGCAGAGCAAGAUGAGCAGGUGGUACGAGAUCUACACCUGACUGAUCUGGCAUUCAUGGUCCAUCAGACCUUUGCUUCACUCGAGUCAAUGGCGCAGGAACUUCACAUUAUCUCGCUAGCGCCACCUGCGCCACCGCCAGGCCAGGAUCAGCAAGCACCUGAUGCCCGGCAAGACAGCAGAGGCAAAGACGGUUAUUCCGAACGCCUAGAUGGUCAGUAUGCUGGGUUGAGGUACUCUGGGCCCAUCUUGAGUAGCGAUGGUAAACCCAUGCGGCCGUUUACGCUACUGGAUAGCCGCCAAACCCUGAAGAAGGGCGUCUUCCGCCCCGAUCACAACCUACCAACCAUGACGAUUGACGAGUAUCUAGAGGAAGAGAGGAAGAGGGGUGGCAUAAUCGAGGGUGGAGGUCCACAGUCUGGAAUCCAACCAGAGCCGAAUGAGGAUGAUCUUGAUGCAGCGGAUGCUGAGACGAUGAAGCAACGUGCAUGGGACGAAUAUGUAGAGGCGAAUCCCAAGGGCUCAGGAAACACAUUGAACAGAGGUUGA